UCUUCUUCUUCUUCUUCUUCUUCUUCUUCUUAGUUCUUCUUUUUUUUUUGCUUCAUCAAAAGCAUUUACAAUGUCAACGGCCAAAGUCAGAGCUCCAAUGGAGUUUCAAUCGACGGUGGUUACCACCGUAGACUGCCAGAAACAAGUUCGUUCAUGGCGUCUCCUCCGCUCAUUCAUUCAGCUUCUCAUCCCAACUUGCAACUGCACAUUAGUCCAAGAACUUGAACAAGAAAACCCUAGCUUGAGAGGCAAGAAACUCUACAACGACAUCAAGUCACGCACGUCCUCUUUUCGUUCCUCCUCUUCCCUGUCUUCUUCCACAGUCACAGGAACAAUCUUUGGAUACCGUAAAGGAAAAAUCAACUUCUGUAUCCAAACACCAAGAAAAUCGACAAGCCUCGAUCUUCUUCUCGAGCUAGCCGUUCCAACCACGGUUUUAGCUCGAGAGAUGAGAGGAGGAGCGUUGCGUAUAGUGUUAGAACGCAACAACGAAGAAGACUCGCCAUUUUGGAAUAUGUAUUGUAACGGGAAAAAAGUAGGAUAUGCGAGAAAACGCUGUCCGUCGAAGGAUGACUUGGCGGCGUUGGAUGCUCUGAGUAAGGUGGUGGUUGGAGCCGGAGUUGUGACUGGGAAAGAACUUGGUCGGUUUGAUGAUGAAUUGAUGUAUUUGAGAGCUAGCUUUAGACGAGUUAGUGGUUCGAAAGAAUCUGAAGCUUUCCAUUUGAUUGAUCCAGCUGGGAAUAUUGGACAAGAACUCAGUAUCUUUUUCGUCCCAUCAUCGGUUUGAUUCAAUUACUGGUGAAGAUGAUCGUACAUAAGAGUUCUGUUUUUUUUUUUUUUUUAAGUUUCUUCCCUCUUUUUUUUUCUUUGUUCGAGAAAAGAGAACUUGUUUUUUGAGUCGUGCUCAAAGCUUUUUGGCUUUAGCUCUGGCUUUUGUAUGUAAUCUUUACAUACCAUUUCGACAGU